AAUGGCUGGACUUGGGUAUACAACGUCUGUCAGAGUCUGUGUUUAUGGAACUGUGUCACAUAGUGGGGUCCUCAGAGACGGUGAUCAUGAGGAGGGAAAUGAUUGACUUCAGGGAAAUGAUGAAUGAACAAGUAAUAAAAACAAGAGAAGCAGACAGGAUGAUGAUUAGUGGGAGUCACAGAGAAGGAUUCAGGCUAAAAGGGUCAGAUAUGGAUGCAAUGUUUUGGCCAAAUGACCACAUGGUUAUAUGGGACUUAGAUCAGAAUCAAAAUUAUGACUUAAAUAGAAAAACAUUGAUUCUCUGCGAUUGUUCUGAUAGCCCACCAGGAUUUGGUUUACUUGAAUUACUGACACCAACACACAAGGAAAGUGUGAAAAAUGCAUGUAUGAAAAUAAAUGACAGACUCUACAUAUCCAGUUCAAAAUACAGACAGAUCACAUGUUCAGCAGUUAUGCCUAAUUCUAAGGAACAUGGUCCAUGUGGUAGUGGUGUUUUAAUUGGCGGAGAGUAUGACCAUGCCCAUUGUUUUGUCUGUGAUAUCUGGCCCCCUCCUGCCUUCAAAUGGAUAAACCGAUGUCAGGCAUGGCCCCCGUCUUAUAUCGUAGAUGACAUAGUCAGAAAUCGAUGCCACUUUGUAGCAAUUGGACACAAACUCGCAAAACAUGCAAAAACAACAAUGGAGAAUAUCCUUCUCUUUGGCAGAACAAGAACUUGUAUAUGCAAUGAACCAUUGCCAAUUCUUGACCUAUGGGCUGCUUAA